AGAGAGAGAAAAAUCUUGAAUAGAGUUGCCUUAUCUCUUGGCCUUCUUUGCCUUUAUAAUUUUCAAAUAUUUCUUUUUCCAUCAAAGAAAGUCUUGUCACCCACCUAAGAAACGCAGCCCUCUUGCCGGUUCCGGCUUAGUUAACACUCUUUCUUUCUAACCUUGGUCUUCUGCUUCUCUUUGCAGCGUUUGAGAUCAAUCUCUUCUUUAUUAUUUAUUAUUUUUAAGUUUUUCUCUGAUCUACUAGUUUCUCUUUUGCCCUCUUUCUUUUCCUACCAUGUCCAAGUCUUGGUGCAACUUCACUUCAAGACCUCCCUAAGAUACCAAACUGAAAUUUUCAUUUCCUUAUUUCACUUAUCCAUAACUUCUUAAUAAUUCAUAUAAUCAGAUACCAUAAAUUGAAACUUAUGGAUUUUGGAUGCCUUGAAGUCCAAACUUUCUAGGGUUUUCUGUAUUUUAUAGUUCUUGGUUUAGGGUUUUUGGUUUUUUGGUAUUUUUGAAAUCAAAUUUUUUUUUUGGGAGUGUUAAGAAAUGGAGGAGUAUAAUCAAAUAAAUGGGAACACAACUCCAAGAGGAAAUUUCUUGUAUGCAUCACCGGUUCUUGCACCUAAUUCUUCUUCUUCACCAUAUGGACGAACAAGUAGUGGGUCUAACGUUAGUAAUCAACAAACCCAGAUGCCCUUAAGUCGUUUCCAUCUGCAAUCAAGUGAAUGUUUUCAUUCUGAAGCACAUCCUAUAGUGAAAACAGAAGCUAGCACUUCUCAACAUGUUCAAAAAUUUCAUUAUCCUUUAUUACGAGGUCAUCAACCACUUAGUCAUCAUCAACAAGGGAACGAAGGCUCCAGUACUGAAGUUGAAGCUAUCAAAGCCAAAAUUAUUAAUCAUCCUCAGUACUCUAACCUUUUGGAAGCUUUCUUGGAUUGCCAAAAGGUUGGAGCUCCGCCUGAAGUUGUAGCUAGGCUUGCAGCUGCUCGUCAAGAGUUUGAAUCAAAACAACGUUCUUCUGUUACUUCAAGAGAUUCUUCGAAAGACCCGGAAUUAGAUCAGUUCAUGGAGGCUUAUUGUGACAUGUUGCUGAAGUACCGGGAAGAACUAACCAGACCCAUUCAAGAAGCCAUGGAUUUCAUGCGAAGAAUCGAGACGCAGCUAAAUAUGAUUUGCAAUGGUCCCUUGCGGAUCUUUAAUUCCGAUGAGAAGUCUGAGGGUGUAGGUUCAUCUGAAGAGGACCAGGACAACAGUGGAGGUGAAACAGAACUCCCCGAGAUUGAUCCCAGGGCAGAGGAUCGUGAACUAAAGAACCACUUAUUGAGGAAAUACAGUGGUUACUUAAGCAGUCUUAAGCAGGAACUUUCCAAGAAAAAAAAGAAAGGGAAACUACCCAAAGAGGCAAGGCAGAAGCUACUUAGCUGGUGGGAAUUACACUACAAAUGGCCAUAUCCUUCUGAGACGGAGAAGGUGGCGCUGGCAGAAUCAACUGGGUUGGACCAAAAACAAAUAAAUAAUUGGUUCAUAAAUCAAAGAAAACGGCAUUGGAAACCAUCGGAAGAUAUGCAAUUCAUGGUGAUGGAUGGUUUACAUCCACAAAAUGCAGCUCUUUAUAUGGAUGGUCACUACAUGGGUGAUGGUCCGUAUCGUUUAGGUCCAUGAGCAGCAAUAUAGUGUUAGUUUUCGUGUUCAGGUCUAUAACAUGGAAACUGUUACUCAUGUUCAUGUUAUAUUUUAUUGGAGAAAGCUUAAUUAGGCUAUGCUCUAGAACCUAAAAUGAUAACAAUAUAUAUAUAUAUAUUUUAUGUUAUAUGAAAUGUCAUUGCCAUAAUCUUCGUCGGUACCAUCGCCCGUAUGUUGAAGAUGGAAUUCCAGUCUCUAGCUAUCGUGCAUCACUUCCUUAGAUAUAUGAUCUUAGGAGUGUUGAAGUGCUUUGUAUGUAAAGAGAAAACUGUUAACACGAGAGAGAGAGAGAGAGAGAGAGAGAGAGAGAGAGGUUUGUAAUCUUGAUUUCUCAGUGUGCUGUGUUUGCAUUUUCUGCAAGGUUACGUGCAAGUGUAUAUAAUAAGAGUCAUUUCCAUA